AAAAAGCCGACCAUAGAGUGCAUCUCGCGGGCCAGCUACCUGAAGAACAGCGUUCUAGGCUACAAGCUGGAGCUGACGCCGGGCAACCACUCGGUGCAGAAAAAGCCGACCAUAGAGUGCAUCUCGCGGGCCAGCUACCUGAAGAACAGCGUUCUAGGCUACAAGCUGGAGCUGACGCCGGGCAACCACUCGGUGCAGGUGCGCGCCCGGUCGCUCUUUGGGCCCGGCGCCUGGACCGAGGAGCUGUACAUUUUUGUGGAGGAGCCCAGCACCAGCUACAACCUCCUCCUCAUCUUUAUCGUUGUCAUUCUCGCGCUCAUCACUGUGAUCGCCUUUGUGGGCCUCUUCGCCUACAAGAGCUACCUGAAGCGCAUGAAGAUCGACUACAUCAGCGUCAAUCCGGACUACAUGAGCAGCAAUUUUGUGUACACUCCUGAUCCAAAGUGGGAGGUGCCCCGGGAGAACGUCAACCUGAUUCGUGAGCUAGGCCAGGGCAGUUUCGGCAUGGUCUACGAGGGCACGAUGAUCAACGAGCAGAAGGAGAUGAUCCGCUGCGCCGUGAAGACGGUCAAUGACAACUCGAGCAAUCGGCUUCGAUUUGACUUUCUCAAGGAGGCUGAUGUGAUGAAAUCAUUCACUGACAGCUUUCACGUGGUGAAGCUGCUGGGCAUCGUCUCCAAGGAUGCACCGGUGUACGUCCUCAUGGAGAUUAUGCCGCGAGGUGAUUUGCGAAAGUAUUUACGGGAGAAUCGACCCGACAAUGAGGAGAAUCUCGACUCAAAACCGCCCACUCUGGAGCAGCUGUUUAAGAUUGCCGUUGAGGUUGCCGACGGCAUGUCGUACCUGGCCUCGAAGAAGUUUGUCCACCGCGAUCUGGCCGCUCGCAACUGCAUGGUGGCCGACGAUCUGACGGUGAAGAUUGGCGACUUUGGCAUGACAAGAGACAUCUACGAGACUGAUUACUACCGCAAGGGCGGAAAGGGCCUGCUGCCGGUGCGGUGGAUGAGCCCUGAGUCGCUGAAGGACGGCAUCUUCACCACCUACUCUGACGUCUGGUCGUACGGCGUCGUCCUCUGGGAGAUGGCCACCCUUGCCUCGCAGCCCUAUCAGGGACUUUCCAAUGAGGAGGUGCUCAAGUUUGUCGUCGACGGCGGUCGCAUGACCCGCCCGGAGAGCUGUCCGGACAUUCUGUAG